UGCUUCGAGGCAAUCAUGGAGAAGCAUUCUGACUUGACAGAUUGACUACAAUGUGGAAGAAUUGAUGUUCCAAUUGGCCUGUGACCCUUCUGGAGUGGUGGCAGAAACUACAAUCAAGGAACUACUUCCUGCUGUUAUCAGUUGGGGAAAGAAAUUAGACCAUAUUUUGAGAGUUUUGCUCUCACAUAUCUUAAGUUCUGCUCAGCGGUGUCCUCCUCUUUCUGGGGUGGAAGGUUCAGUGGAGUCUCAUCUACACGUUUUAGGUGAACGAGAACGCUGGAACCUCGAUGUUUUACUUAGGAUGCUGGCAGAAUUACUUCCUUAUGUGCACCAGAAGGCAAUUGAAACAUGCCCAUAUUCUUCGGUUUCAGAGUCAGAUGGAACCAUAUUUUCUCGCCCCCUGCUUGAACUUUAUGCUGGAGGACAUGUUGAAUGGCCUGCAUUCGAAUGGAUGCAUGUUGAUUGCCUUCCUGAUUUGAUUCAACUUGCUUGCUUGUUGCCCCAAAAAGAAGAUAACUUAAGAAACCGAACUACGAAGUUUUUAUUGGCUGUAUCUCAGAGCUUUGGUGAUUCUUAUUUGACGCACAUAAUGCUACCUAUAUUCCUUAUUGCAGUUGGGGAUAAUGCUGAUUUGACAUUAAUCCCUUCCAACAUCCACUCAAGAAUUAAAGGGUUAAGACCUAGGACUGCUGUGGCUGAGAGAGUUGCUACUCUAUGUGUCCUGCCACUUCUUUUGGCAGGUGUUCUAGGUGCUCCCAGCAAGUGUGAACUGUUAGCAGAGUACUUAAGAAAGCUUUUAGUUGAUGGAACCAUGAAAGAGGAUCAAAAUUUAAAUUGCCGCAAUGAAAUUGUUGAUGCUGUCCGCUUUCUUUGCACAUUUGAAGAACAUCAUAGUAUGAUAUUCAAUAUUUUUUGGGAAAUGGUAGUAAGCUCUAACAUAGAAAUGAAGAUCAGUGCAGCCCAUCUAUUGAAAGUCAUUGUGCCAUAUAUUGAAGCAAAACUUGCUUCUACUCAUGUUCUGCCUGCGUUAGUUACCCUUGGUUCUGACCAAAAUCUCAAUGUGAAGUAUGCAAGUAUAGAUGCAUUCGGAACUGUUGCACAACAUUUUAAAAAUGAUAUGAUUGUUGAUAAAAUACGUGUUCAAAUGGAUGCUUUUCUUGAAGAUGGAUCCCAUGAAGCAACUAUUGCUGUUAUCCGUGCAUUGGUGGUAGCAGUUCCACAUACAACGGAUAGACUUAGGGAUUAUAUCCUUGACUUUGUUGCUAAAACAAUUUCCAAGACUUCUUUAGUAUUUGGAAUAUUGAGUAGUCUCACAUUUUAACUAGUAAUAUGAUACUGCUAGCGAAUCAUUUUAUUGAGCCAUUUGUUUCUUUAACAUGCUAUACAUCUUUUGUCCAAGAUUUUCCAACUGACAGGCAUGUCAGUUUCUGUAAGUGACGUGGUCCGUCGCCGUCAGAGAGCUAAUGCGUUCUGUGAAGCGAUUCGUGCUUUGGAUGCAACAGAUCUUUCUGCAAAUGGUAUUCGGGAAUUACU